UAUCAUUUCUAUCGGUAACUUAUUGGUAUCAUUAUCGCUAUUUUUUGCAUUCCAGUCGUAAGCAUUUGGUGGAUCUUCUACAUUGUCAACGAAUCGAUCGUUCGUUCAAGGAUUAAUACUAUGCAUAGCGCCAUCUUCCAUCUUUGCAGGUCUAGACGGUGUAGCUCAUUAAUUAUUUGAGCUUGAACUUGAACUCGUAAAGUUCCCUCCCUACAGGAAGUUUCGUCGGCAUCCAGUGCUUCAAUUGGUCCUCGAGGAUCUAUCGUGUUUCAAUAUUUCGAUAAACUAUUCAGGAUGUGCCUCGACAUUGCAGUCCUUCCCCGGCCGGAUCGAUAGUCAGAGUUACGAGGUCGUGAGCGCGCUUCUCUCAUUUCCAUAUUAUACCCUCCCUCCCCGUACCUACGCGCCGUAGUCGCAUCGUCGAUUGAGCAGAUUUAUAUAUACGAUAUCCAUCAUAGUUAACCGUGUAUUAAUUAUGGAGGAACCUAACGAUGAUCCGCGGCAGAGGCGCAAUGGCCGUGCAGCCAUUUACGGGCUAAACGUUAAUCAAAGUAGCUCGAGCGUAUUUGAGGACGUAGAGAUGGCGCACGAUGAGUUGUUCUCUGGCCCUGUUGCAGAAAGUUUGCCUACCAGCCUCUCGGCUUUUUCCCAUCGUCGCCAACGCUCAGACUCGACGGCAAGCUUCGCGUAUUACGAUGAAGAGGAAGACGAACCAGAGCCCGGCUUUAUCUACAGCGAAGACGGUGCUAUGCCAUUUGAUUUCGACGAGAUGGCACUUGAAUUCGAAGAGGAAGGUAAUGAAGAAGAAAGCAGUUCAGGAGGUGAGCUCGAGAAUGGUAGUUCGUAUGAUGACUAUGCUAUGCGAAGGAGAUCUUCGACCCAAUCGAGGGCUUCUGUUCAUACCAGACUUCUCCGAACGGAUAGCGGCGUGACGGAUGCUAGCGGUCGAGGUUAUAGCCGAGUCAGCCAGAAACUACAUAUGGUUAACGAGGAUCUCACCAUUGUGAUAGCUGGCUUUCGUACGAGCAAAUUUGGCUACAUUACAUAUGUUAUGCUAUGCGUUGCGACGUUGGGACUUGCAUAUCUCCUUCUCCGAUGGCUUCCCCGGUGGCAGGUGAAGCUAAUCGGCAAGCCAUGUUCGCUCCAUGAUUGUGAGUGGGUAGUGCUCGAGAAUCAAUGGGGUGAAAUGACUAUCCUAGACGUGCAAACGCAGCCUUAUAAUCGGCCCUUAUCUACCGUAUUCGGUUCGCCAGAGAAGAUGUUUGCUCAACUGCUAGGAGACGAUGCUGAUCCAUUAUUGCAUGAGCUCCGGGUCCUCAACUACCGAUAUAUACGCUUCUUCUACCAUCCAUUGAAGGGCAAGUUCGUUAUCUGCAAUGGAUGGAAGGAUCCGGCGUGGACUCAUGUGCGAGCCCUUCGUGCCGGCAUCGAUAGCGAAGAGAAAGAGCAUAGGGAACGAGUCUUUGGGAAAAAUAUCAUCGACAUCGAGCAGAAGACCAUUCCUCAAUUACUCGUAGAUGAGAUUUUUCACCCAUUUUACGUUUUCCAGAUUGCAAGUUUAAUUCUUUGGUCGUCAGACGAGUAUUACUAUUAUGCUGUCUGCAUCUUUCUUAUGUCGGCGGGUAGUAUAAUAGCGACUCUGAUAGAUACACGUGCUACAAUGCGGCGUCUUCGUGACAUCUCUCGCUUUGAAUGCGAUGUACGAGUCCUUCGCGACGGCUUCUGGGCCCACGUUUCGUCAAGCGAUCUGGUUCCUGGUGAUGUAUAUGAAAUUAGUGAUCCUAGUCUCACCCAAUUUCCUAGCGAUAGCUUAUUACUAAGCGGAGAUUGCAUUGUCAACGAGAGUAUGCUUACGGGCGAAUCUGUACCGGUCUCUAAAAUUCCCGCUACCGACGAGACGCUUCAGAUUAUGAAUCUUAGCGCUUCCACGAUCUCCCACGAUGUUGCCCGUCAUUUUCUCUUCUGCGGCACAAAAAUUAUCAGAGCCCGGAAACCACAAGAUAAUGGAGAUGACGAGGCCGCUGCCCUUGCUGUGGUUGUAAGGACUGGCUUCACCACAACCAAGGGUUCGCUCGUCCGCUCCAUGCUGUUCCCUAAACCGUCCGGAUUUAAAUUCUAUCGAGACUCUUUCCGAUACAUAUCCGUGAUGGGGUGUGUUGCGCUGCUUGGAUUCGUUGUAUCCUUUGUCAACUUCAUUCGUCUAGGACUACCUUGGCAUGUAAUACUUAUUAGAGCCCUAGAUCUGAUCACCAUUGCCGUCCCGCCUGCGCUGCCAGCUACCCUUACUAUAGGGACAAAUUUCGCAUUAAACCGCCUAAAGAAGAAGCAAAUAUUUUGCAUCAGCCCACAAAGAGUCAACGUGGGCGGGAAGCUGGAUGUCAUGUGCUUUGAUAAAACAGGUACUCUGACUGAAGAUGGCUUGGAUGUUCUUGGUGUACAAGUGGUAUCUCGUUCAGCAAAAAAGUUUGAUAAUAUUAUCUCAAAAGCAUCCCAGUUAGUCCCAAGCAUAAGUUUGGAUGCCGGCCCUGGAGAUAAAUAUGGGAUAACUCGCGCUGCUUUGUUCACAAUGGCUACUUGCCACUCCCUUCGCUCCGUCGAUGGUGAACUCGUCGGUGAUCCGCUAGACGUCAAGAUGUUCGAGUUCACUGGCUGGACAUUCGAAGAGGGCAAUCAAGGUGGCGCUGAUCAGGAAGAUGACGAGCAAGGCGGUUUCUCUCCUUCGGUCGCUCGACCUCCCAUAGGCCCCCUUUACGACACAGAUGGAUACGGGACCGCUGAAGGCCAGAAUGCGGCAAUUGAACUUGGUGUGAUAAGAAGCUUCGAGUUCGUCUCGCAGCUACGGAGGGCGAGCGUUAUCGUGCGAGCUUUCGGUCAGCAAAGCGGAAAUAUCUAUGUCAAAGGCGCACCUGAGUGUAUGCGAGAUAUAUGUCGACCAGAUACUUUCCCUGAGGAUUAUGAAGAACUCCUAUCUUACUAUACCCACAAAGGGUAUCGAGUCAUUGCGUGCGCUACUCGACAUAUAAAAAAGUUAUCAUGGGUAAAAUCCCAGAAAAUGAAGCGCGAGGAGGUUGAGGCUGAUCUCGAUUUCGUCGGAUUCAUCAUCUUCGAAAAUAAGUUGAAGCCGACAACAGCCGCUGUGCUUAAGGAGCUCACCCAAUCAAAUAUCGCUUCCAUCAUGGUUACAGGCGACAACAUCUUGACGGCUAUUAGCGUGGCGAGGAACUGCGGUCUCAUCGAAAAGAACGCUCAUUGUUUCGUACCUUAUUUUGCUGAAGGGAACUCUCGUGAUCCUAACGCCCGGUUACACUGGGAAAGCAUAGAUGAUCAAGCAUAUCAACUAAAUGAUCGAACCCUACUACCUUUACCUGCACCCGUGGACAGAGAUGCUUCUUUACCAUACGAUAUAACCAAUCUCAGAAACUACUCUCUCGCAGUAAGCGGAGAUGUUUUCCGGUGGAUAAUCGACUUCGCUCCAAACGAGGUCAUGCAGAGGAUGCUUGUUCGAGGUAAAGUAUUUGCACGUAUGUCUCCAGAUGAGAAGCAUGAACUUGUCGAGAAACUUCAGAGCAUAGACUAUUGUGCCGGCUUUUGCGGGGAUGGAGCGAAUGAUUGCGGUGCUCUCAAAGCUGCCGAUGUUGGAAUAUCGCUUUCCGAAGCAGAAGCAUCCGUUGCGGCCCCGUUCACAUCAAGGGUUUUCGAUAUUCGAUGUGUCCCCGACGUAAUCCGUGAGGGACGAGCUGCUUUGGUGACUAGUUUUAGUUGCUUCAAGUAUAUGAGCCUUUAUUCGGCGAUACAGUUCACUUCCGUCAGCUUCCUUUAUGCUUCGGCUUCAAACUUGGGAGACUUCCAGUUCCUUUUUAUAGAUGUUCUUCUUAUAUUACCAAUCGCUAUAUUCAUGGGCUGGUCUGGACCGUUCCCGGUUCUCAGCAAGAAACGACCGACGGCAAAUCUGGUGUCGAGAAAGGUCCUUGUACCGUUGCUAUGCCACAUGGCUGUCUGUAUACUUGUGCAAACUGUCGCGUGGCUCCUCGUGCGGGAGCAGAGCUGGUAUAUACCGCCGCAUGUGAACCGAAAUAAGCCUGAUAUCAAGAAUUCGGAGAAUACGACUUUGUUCCUCGUGUCUUGCUUCGAGUACAUAUUCAUCGGUGUGGUCCUUAACGCCGGCAGGCCGUUCCGACAACCCAUAACCCAGAACUGGCCGUUCGUGGGUACCGUCGUAGCGGCCCUAGGCAUAACUCUAUACAUGUUAUUCUCACCCGGCCACUGGAUCAGGAACCUGAUGCAGCUGACCAAGAUCAGCCCGUCCUUCAAAGUCACGCUCCUGGGCCUCGGCGUGGCGUAUCUGAUCAUAGCGUGGCUCGGGGAGCACUACGUCUUCGCGGGGAUCGCUCGCGGACUAGGCGCGGUGAAGACGGCGGUCACUAAGAAGGCGAAGAAGCGCAAGCAGUAUAAAAUUAUAUUGGAGCAGACACAGAUUUGAGCUUAGGCUAGGUAGAUUUGAAACUCGUUACGCGUUACUACGCUUGUCGAGGUGGAGAGUUUUACGUUGUGGACGUUGGAUAGUCCUGGCUUAGGUACCUACCUAACCUACCUAUACAAGGUAUAGAUUACUCGCGAAGAGAGAAUUGGUAAAUAGCGGUGUAUUUUUAUUCUUGUAUAUACCAGAAUAGAAUCAGCAGUACACUAUUAAAUCGAGAUUGGUCCAUCAGA